ACAAAGUUAUAUGAAAGUGAUAAUAUUACAGGGAUUUAUCCACAGUCUCCCUCUCUUCCCACUGAUAUCAGCAAGAGUUUUAUCCAUUAGGUGCAGGAUUGCAAAGGUAUUUAGGCCUGUAGCUCCAAUUGAUUUAAAUGAGAUUGCUGUUGAACUCAUUGGACUCUGAGUAAUUUUACCAGGUGUCCAACAGUCAACAUAUGGUAAUAUGGUGACUCUACUUAAAGGUACAUAAAUACCUCAAUCAGAACUAUGCAGUACAAACAUUCAAAUUAACAUCAAGUUGACUGAGCCCUUGUUGAAAAGAAAUACUGCACAGCUCCAUUUCUAUCACUGAAGAGCUGGAAUCUUUUUAUUUACCAUCUUAUCUUGAAGGUUUGUAUGGGGAGAGGUGACACGCAUGCAAACUCCCCACAUAUGCCUGGUUGGGACCUCUGGAUGGAUCUGCCUUUCCUGGUAGCUGACACUGUGUCUUCUUGAGACAACUUGGGGGGUGUGCACGGUCAUAGGCCCACUCUCCCCAGAUGUCUGUGAGAGUUAACACCAGAAUAGAGCCAGCAGCAACCUUUCAGCCCUGAGUAGGAGAGAAGGGCUUCCAGCCAUGGGGUGGAGGUGGGAGGUAAGAAUGACUUGGCCUAUGUCUUUGCAGAGGUCAUCUCUUCCCCCCUCCUUCCCCGCCAACUUCCCCGCUUCCCUAUGGCUAGAAGCAGCUUGUUACUUCCUGCCCAUAGAAAGGCAGGUGACAUCUCCAUGCAGCUGUUGACCACCAACAUAACCCAGACACCUCUUGUUCAUUGGCUACAGUGUGGGUAGGAUCUCUUAAGUGAGGUAACGGCAAUAUUUUUGGCUUGUACACAGCAUGUGAUAUGGGGAAUCCAUUGUUUUUUAUCAUACUCCAAAUAGCGCCUGACAGUAGCAAUUCACCCCUGGGUUUGAUCAGAAAAGUGGAGGCAUUUUUAAUUGUCCAUAGUAUUACCCAAAUCAGAUUCACCCACCUUGCUUCAGGCAUUCUUUUAUUAAGGGGUGAUUCAUCUGGAAUAACUUAUGUAUUACUGUCUCCUCCAUCAUGAAGCCAAGUGGGAGAUGGCUGGGUACAUGUGUUUUCACACACAGUUCCUGUAGAGGUCCUGAGUGAAAUGUAUUAGCAGUAGAGAACAUUAUGUGGAUUUGGGACACUUCCUGGAGGAUUUUUGAUUACAUUAAAAUAAUGUAUUUUUGACAGCUCAUGGCAGAUACAAGACUGCUGUAAUGUGUUGCAUGUUAGUUUUUAAAGGUAAACCAUCCACUUCCCUCUGUGACAGAGUAUACCCUUGUGUUCGUACCUUGCCCACUACACACUAAUGCAGGGGUGGGCAAACCUUUUGGCUGAGGGCCACAGCUGGGAAGGGAAAUUGUAUGGAGAGCCAUGAACGUAGGACUGGAGCAGGGGUUUGGGUUGCGGGAGGAGGCUCAGGCCAAGGGGUUGGUGCAGGAGUAGGUAUGAUACAUAGCCCAGGGGUUAGAAACCUAUGGCUUUUCUGGAUCCUCAACUCAACCCCACCCCUGCUCUCUCCGCAGCAGGGAGCCUGUGCUGGUACUACAACUUUACGUCUCUCUUCUCCACUCCCCCCCAUAAGACUGGAGCGUUAGCACCAGUUUCCUGGGGUGAGGGGAAGAAGCGGAACAAAAAAUGUCUCGGUACGCAGCUCUUUUCCUUCCCUUUGCAUGCAGGAAAUGAGCAGCCAAAAUGGUCUGUGUGCAGCGCCCUUUUUCGUCCCCCAGGAAACACUUCCCUGGGGGCUUCCAGGGAAUAGGAGCCGCAGACGUAUUACACGGUGCUUGCAACACGGCACGCAAACAAGUAAGUGCCCCCUGCCCCUCUACCUCAUGUCUACACCCCCACCCUCUCACUCUUCCACCUGGCCAGACAGCCCCUGCCCCUGGCCAAAAUCCCCUAAGCCAGUGUGCGAAUGUGCACAUUUCAGAUAUCUGGGUUGCUGUGGCUGUCACUCCCCUGGUCUGUAGUUUGUUUGUGUGCUCCUUGAAUGGAAACUGACAGUUGGCAACUGGAGAAACCAGAAGCUGUGUUUGUCUGAAAUGCUAGCAACCUUCCAACAGGCAGUGAUACUCCAAGCAAUAGGGUCCUACAGAUGAGGAAUUAGUAACAUCUGCAACAAGGACACCAGAGGCAAAUGAAAUAAGAAUCAAGGAGAAUACAGUCCUGAGACUAGCCCUCUGAGCUUUAUUGAUCCUGUCUGCACUGCAUGCAUAUCUGCCUGGCAAUGAGCUCCCAAAGUCCUAAUGAUUGAUUAGCUGGAGAGGAGUCUCUUGAGUUGUUACAAAGGCCUACUCAGAAAUCUGGAGAUGUUGUGCCCAGGACGUUCAAACUGUGAUUGCCUUUGGGAAGAGGAUUCAUGGAGGAAAUGGCAGCCCCCACAAGGAAUAAAAGGUGAGUUGUUCAAAGAUAGACAUUUGUGUAAUAUCUCAUGAGGAGAGUUGUGAAUUCUCUCAGACCGAAUGCAUUGGGACGCCAAUGUCGCAAAUGGUGCCUGGUCCAUCUGGCAGAGUUGGCAACCCUACUCCUGAGUAGAAGAUGCUCAGUAUGCUCUUUCCUGUGUGGAAGACACGUGAGCUUCUUGUCUUUAAACUGCUAGACUGGAUCCUGACUGCAUUUUCCUUUUAAAAUCCAUCAGUUUGUCCAAAACCCACAAACCACUCUUCAUGCAACAAUUACAAGAGCCAGCUUGAAGAAUAUCAAAGAGAGCACCAGUAAAUGGUAAGACAUGAUUCUCUGAUUACCUAACAAAUCCCAGUAAGGAACUAUUCUAUGUUGUGGGCAGGAUAACUAUUGGCUCCUGAAUCUUACACAGUGUUGGAUUCUGGACUUGCAGAAUUCCUUCAGGCCAGGAACAACCCAUCUCAUUGUGUGGCCCCAUGAUUUUGUUUAUUUUGUAAGUAUCCCACCUGGAUGUGGUGUUGCGAUCUGAGACCUACAAGACAAGCUGGGAGAAAGUGAAUUUCUUUCUCUCUGUAUGUAUGUAUGUAUGUAUUUCUUGGGUUGGGCUACCCUCCUCCCACUGCUGUGUAUCGCUAGAGGGAUGAAGUAUGGGAAGUACCCCCCUGCUCAAGGAAAGGUAUGCAGUUCUUGUAGCUGAGGCACUGGGCUGGGAUCCUCUAGCUCUGACAGCCCUGUGCUGGCACAGACUGCCUUCUUCCCUGGGUCAGGUCACUGGAUCUCCCUGUGGAGAGGUAAGCUGCACCGGCUGCCCUAAGGGCCGGGCACUGUCUCUUACUUGCUGUGUGUGCAGUGCCUCACAUAGCGGGGCCUCAGGGAGCCAGGAGAUCAGAGCCUCCCUCCUCCACCCGUACUCUGCGUUCAUGAUAGGCAAACAAUGGGCAAGCUGCCUGUCCUGUAGGGCCCCAGUGCCAGCCCCUACCUCCGCCCUAGCAGGCGUCUCUGCGUUGCCAUGGAGCCCCGGCCUGCACCAAAGCUCCCUGCUGCAGGGUUGGCUGCCCUGGUUGCUAUGGGAACAAAGAUAACAGGCAGGCACUGGCAGCCAGAGGGUGAGGCUGUGGGGUUGCUGAACCCACUGCAGCAACAGGAACUGACCAUGGUCUUUUAUGAUUCCUGAUCCUUGCAGUGAAUGCCAUUUUCUUGCUUUUUCUUAUAUUUUGGACAUUGGCGUGGAAGACCUCAGGUCUCUCUUCUGUUACAUUGGCUGGUAAUCCUGGUAAUCCAGGUGGAAAAUGACCAGUGUGUGGAAAACGACGGGGAUGCUGCAUGGGGAACGCGGGGCCUAAACGGCCGCUUGCUCCUGUGUGGCGGCCUGGCUGAGCGGCGCAGAAGUCAGCUGAGCACCACGGCGAGAGCUGAGCUAACAAAUGAUGUGAGGAUGCCAUCUGGAAAGGUUUGUCAAUCCUUGGGGGCCUCCAAGAUGCCUGAACGGUUCCAGAGCAAAGUUGUGGCUCCUCGUAACCCUAAGCUUGUCAGAGAGGAAGAAAAGGCUGUUACUCUGACUCCAUCUGCAUUCCUGAAGGAGAUGUCUCUUACUACGGAGCAGAAGCUGGCUAGUACUCAUGAGAUGCGGCCACCUCGCAUUAUUGAGCUUUUAAACAUGAGUGAAACCUCCCAUCAAAAGUUUUCUUCAGUUGAUCUGGAGCAGAGUUUGUUCCAGCCCUUCCCAUCAGAGGUGGUAUUUCAGAACUAUGUCGCUUGUGAGACCUAUGAAGUCCCACUGAUUCUGAGGAACAACGACAAGAUUCCUCGGCUGGUGAAAGUCAUCCUGGAGAGCUCUCCUUACUUCAGAGUGAUCAGUCCCAACGAUGUGGGUCACAAAGUAGCACCAGGCAUGGCAUCUACCUUCCAAAUCCUCUUCACUCCUGAAGAGAACAAGGAUUACAUCCACCAGGUAAUCUGCAUCACGGAAAGAGAAAAGUUUAUUGUGCCUAUCCGAGCUAUAGGGGCCCGGGCAAUACUGGAUUUCCCUGACCAGCUGAACUUCUCCACCUGCCCUGUCAAGUACAGCACUCAGAAAAUUCUACUGGUUUGCAACAUUGGCAAUCGAGAGGCCCGCUACAGAAUCAGUCUUCAGAGCCCUUUCUCUGUAGUGCCUUGCAUUGGGACACUGGGCAUAGGGGAGACCAUGCAGCUCACAAUAGAGUUCCAGCCACUGGAGAUAGGUGAUCACUCAAAGGACCUGGUUGUUCAUUAUGACACAGGUGAGGAUAUCCACGUAAGUUUGUAUGGAGCUGCUGCAGAUGUCAAUGUCAGACUGGAAAAGAACUCUUUGAUGAUUGAGAAGACAUAUGUUACCUUAGCAAACCAGAGAUCGGUGGUUAUACACAACCGAAGUGACAUCAUAGCACACUUCCAGUGGAAGGUCUUUGUUACUCAAGAAGAGGAGGAACGACAGAAGCUAAGGCUCUCUUACCAACUGCAGACCCAGGAGGAGAAUGCGACUGAUCCCUUUCUGGAGGAAUGUAAUGCAGACCCUAUGCUUCGAGAGCGCCUUUCCAUUCUCUCCCUCACCUUCCAGAACCACAGAUCAACGGUGCCAGGCAAUUCCAUGCUCUUCUUUGACAAUAUCUUCACUAUUGAGCCAAUGGAGGGAGAUGUUUGGCCAAAUUCUACAGCUGAAAUUAAUGUGAUCUUUAAGCCCCGAGAAGCCAAAGUCUAUCACAGAACCAUCUACUGUGACAUCUCAGGCCGAGAGACCCGGCUCCCCUUGCGCAUCAAAGGGGAAGGAAUGGGCCCCAAACUCCUCUUCAGCUUUGACCGGCUAGAUAUUGGGAAGGUCUUUGUUGGCUCAACACACAGUUACGAGGCAGUCCUGUCUAAUAAAGGAGCCAUUGAUGCCCUCUUUAACUUGAUCCCUCCAUCUACUGCACUGGGCGCCUGUUUUAUCCUGGAUCCAAAAGAGGGCAUCAUUCUGCCAGGUGGACAUCAAGCUAUCCAGAUCUCCUUCUGUUCCACCAUCCUGGGGAAAUUCACAGAGGAGUUUAAAUUCAGUGUGAAUGGAGCCCCUGAGCCUGUGAAUUUAACUAUUAGGGGCUGUGUCAUUGGACCAACAUUUCAUUUCAAUGUACCAUCCCUGCGAUUCGGGGACGUCUCCUUUGGGUUUCCUCAGACCUUAUCAUGUUGCCUUAGUAACACAUCUUUGGUCCCCAUGACAUUCAACCUUCGCAUUCCUGGAGAUGGACCUGGGGAUCCAAGUGUUACCAGUUUUGUUCAGAUCCUGGACAUCACAAGAACAUCGUGGAGAAACAGAGCCCAGGGAAAUGACAAGCCAAAAGAAUUUACCAUAACACCCUGUAGUGGUACCAUCCGCUCGCAAGGACUCCUGGAUAUUCAGGUGACCUUCUGUUCCAACACUGUGAAGAAAUAUGAACUGGCAUUGGUGGUGGAUGUGGCUGGUAUUGGAGAGGAAGUACUGGCACUUCUAAUCACAGCAAGGUGUGUUGUUCCUCCUCUGCGUGUGGUUAAUCCUGUGGUGACGUUUGGACGGUGUUUCCUGAAGUUCCCAUACCAGCAGAUGGUGAUGCUAAUGAAUGACACUGAGCUUCCAGGAUGCUAUGGAGUUCUCCCUCAGGAGGACGAGGAGAAGCCCUCUGUGCUGUAUUCCAGCCCCAGGCCUUGUGGCAUUAUUCAGCCUCAUGACACGGUGGAGAUCCCUUUAACACUGGCAGCCCAGAUGACUGGACAGCAGGACACUGUGGCUUCCAUAGCCAUGUUUGGGAGUAAAGAAUCACCCCUGAAGAUCUAUUUGGUGACUGUUGGCGAAGGCCCAGUUGUCUACGUGGACCCCGAUCAGAUAGAUUUCGGCAGUAUUCGGGUUCUAAAGGAUGCUUCCCGUACACUCCACCUCUCCAAUCAGACUGUUAUUCCUGCACCAUUUCGGGCACAGAUGGCUCAUAGUCACGCAUGGAGAAUUGAGCCCAGUGAAGGUGUACUUCCCCCAGAGGCGGAGGUAUCGUUGACUCUGAUUGCGAACUUGGAUGACACAGUGAAAUUCCAAGACCAGGUGCAUUUAUUCAUACAAAACAGCAAUACCUAUGUGAUCCCAGUCCAGGCUGUUGGCAUCGGUACCACAAUUGUCACAGACAAACCCUUUGCUCCAGCAAUCAACUUGGGACCACACUUCAGUCUGGAUCCCUGCUGCUAUCGCUUCAAGAUAACCAACCGCGGGCGACGAACGCAUCAGCUCUACUGGGUGACAGAAGGUUUCCCUCCAUUUAGCCAGCAUAACCAUUUCCUUGCUAAGAGCAAUGUCAAGGGCAAGAAAUGCUCCCAGAGACCAGAGACCGCCUUUCCGGUGUUUAAGCUUCAUCCAUUAAGGAUGGAGCUGCUUCCAGGCAAGACCAUGGAUAUGAUGCUGGAAGGCUCCUCCGAUACUCCUAAGGUAGUGAAGGAACGGUUGGUUUGCCAUGCCAUUAUAGGGAAACAGUCUGGGAAGGAACGGAUAAUGAAAGUGGACAUCACAUGUGAAUUCAUCGCACCCAUUCUGCACCUCUCCUCCAAAGAGAUCACUUUCCGAGUGGAAAAGCACCCAAGUGAUGUCCUGACUUCGCAGUAUGAACCUCUGAUCUUAAAGAACAUCUCUUCCCUGCCUCUCACCAUUCUCCUGUCCGUGCAAGCACCCUUCGUCCUCUGUGAUACAGACCAGCAAACCCUGCCUGCAGAUGCACAACCUAGGACACUGGGGACUGGAGAGGAACAGCGUGUCUCCAUCAGGUUUGACCCUUUCUACAGAAAGGAUUUGAACACCCGGGUUGCAGAGGGGGUCCUGACUAUCCAGUAUUUGGAACAUCCUCAUGAGGACCAGGUCACCCUGCGGGGCGAAGUGCACUUCCCAAACCUUCACUUCCAAACCAUGGAUUUGGAUUUUGGCUGCAUUUUGAAUGACACGGAGGUUGUACGUUACAUCAAAAUGACCAACUGCAGCCCACUCCUCGUCAAGUACCAUUGGUCCUUCCUGAUGGACAGCUAUGGGAAACAGAUAAGGUUUAGCCCUGGAGGACGUAAAUCCCUCAUUGAACCCAAACCAGCACACGAGCAGGAAACUCAGCAGGAGCCUCUGGCAGCCUCCAGACAAACUGGCAACAACAUGGCAGUGAGAAACUCCCGAGAGAGACAGACCAGUGGGACAAGUGUAGCAGAGACCCCAUGCAACGAGCUGCUGGGCAGAAGUGGUUCCUCAGAAAUAAAGAUGCUAAUGGUGGGUGCUGACAAGGCGGAAGGCAUUUCUCUGAGUCAGAGCCCAGCGGAGCUCAAGGAAUCACUCAGGUUUUUGGAGUCGGAAGAUCGUCUUGCUGCAGGGGUGGAAGAAGUGUUUGACAUCUUGCCCCUCUAUGGAAUGCUGCAACCCAGCGAGAGCCAGCAGGUGUCAUUCACCUUUUAUGGCCAUGCUGACAUCACUGCCUGGGUCAAAGCACUGUGUGAAGUGGAGGGAGGUCCUACCUAUGAGAUCAUGCUGAGAGGAGAGGCUUCGCUCAUCAGCUAUGCCUUUGACGUAAAGGAGAUUGACUACGGACUGCAGCUGUUUGACCAGAUCAUCAAAGCUGAAAUCACGCUGCGCAAUGCCGGGAAGGUUGGCUUUGAGUACGUGGUUCUGGAUGCGAGCCAGGCCUCCACAGACAACCCUCUGCCAGGAGUGCCACUGAUCCUACCUGCCACUGGCUACAUUGAGUCAGAAAAAGAGCAGGUGCUGAAGGUCUAUUACCUGCCUGGAGUGCCUGAGGUCUUCCAGCAGACCUUCCAGAUACAGGUAGCCCAUCUGGAGCCAGAGAGCAUCACCUUGAAAGGCGAGGGAGCCUUCCCCAGGAUUUGCCUGGAUCUGCCCAGAAACAUGAACGGAAAUGAAAGGUAUGAGAAUAUCUUCAAGGAGGCAAAACAAAAAAUGGAGGCUGAAACGCAGCAAGAUGAUGCACUUGGCCACCCAGAUACAAUGGCUGCAGAGCCAGCCCUGGACCUUUCUGCCACCACGUCUGAUAUGCGGCUGCAGAUGGAAGUGGAGCGACUGCUCAUACAGGAACAUGCCUUGGAACAGCAGCAAGCUAUUGCCUCUGAUCUCACGGAAGAUUUCCCCCCCAGCCAGCGUGCGCGCCGAAAACUAGCCAAAGUUCAGCUGCCGGAAUACAUCUUGGAUUUUGGCUGCAUCAUUCUCGGGAACGUCCAAACGCACAUUGUCAAAAUCACCAACACCGGCCACUUCCCUGUGUCCUUCCAUGCAGACAAACGGGCCUUGCGCAAUACAGGUUUCAGAAUAGAACUGGACCGCGUGAAGAACCUGCCUUACUGUGAGACAGAAACGUUUGGAGUGUGGUUUGAUCCGCGCAGUGCCAACUUGCCCGUGGGAGAUGUGGCAGUGCUUCUGCCCAUAAAGGUUGUGGCUGGCCCAACAUUUCAUGUCUGUUUUUGUGCCACGGUAACCAUGCCUUCGCUCUGCUGCUCCACCAACAAGCUGGAGUUCUCCUCCGUCCAGUGUGGGCAAUGCCAGGUGGAGACCAUCCAGUUCCACAAUCAGCUGCAGGUGGCUUGCGAAUGGCGCACUACCAGUAACGAGCAGAUCAAAAAGGUGGAUAAACACUUGCCAGCCAGCCUGCGGCGGAAGCUGCGUCAGGAAUUAAAAUUGAAGCCCUGUAUCUUUGAGAUGAUCCCUGCCUGUGGAAUUCUGGCCCCAGGGGAGCGCAUGAAUGUGCAGGUGAAGUUUGCGCCAGCAGAAGAGCGGUUCUACAGCAGUUCUCUGAUGGUGCACAUCUCCCAGAGCAGUGACCGGCUGCUGUUGCUUGUCUCUGGAUCUGGUCUGGAGCCACGCCUGGAGUUCAUGCCCUCAGUGCUGGAGCUGGGGCCCCUGCUGCCAUAUGGUAUGGGAGAUGAGGCAGAGGUUGUGGUGAAGAACCCAUGCAAGUUCCCCAUCGAGUUCUACUCUGUGGAGUUUGACCAGCAGUAUCUGACUGAGGAGAAGAUUUUGCGGAUGGUGAAGGGCUAUGAUUCCCACAACACCCUGCUGCUGCCCCCUCGCAUUCCAGGUGAGAAGCUGCCCCCAGAGCUGCUGGAAUAUUACAAGGAACAGAAGAGGAUUCCAGAUGAGCAAGCUAAGGCCAAAAUGAUGGAGGCAAUAAUCCAAGAAACCGAUGAAGAAGAGACCCUGUCCCUCUCCGAGCACAGAGUGAAGCGAAACCCUUCCGGCUCCACCUGUACCAGCAUCUUCCCCUCCUUCUCGGUUUUUGAGGAAAGCCGUUCUCACAAGGUGGAGUCUAUACUUAAGCAGGAGGAGGAGGAGGAGGAGGAAGGACAUGGGCCAGAGGAUCAGCGGCGCAUUGACAGCAGCUGCAGAGAGGCUGUUGGAGAACUAGACGACAACCCUGUUUCCAGAGCCAUCGCUCGUCACCUCGGUAUCGAUAACACUCCACAAGGUCGUGCAGCCAAGAACCGCAGAGGCAUUGUCAUCCUAAUCCAUGGCGCCCCCCUCACAGGUGCAGAAGGGUUGCGGGGUGGGGAGAGUGAUCGCAGCUGCUACGGCAGUGACAGAUUCUUUCCGAUCAUCCUCCCCACGUGGCCCGGAGGUGGGGAGGCUACUGAGAGCCAAAAUGGUGGCAGCUGGGCUGGCGAUGGGGCAAAUAAAAGUGCCGCUCUGAGAUGGGAAGCUGGUCCUGGAUCUCCUCUGCCGUUGGGAGACUUGCUCGUACGAUGCCUGGGUAGAGACGUGCCGCCCACGAAUGCCUCCAAAGAGACUGUUUCUCUCCAGGAAAGACAACACUACUGUGCUGCCUGCCUCUCCAUUGACUCUGUGGUGCUGGAUGCCCUGUCCGACAAGAGCAGUCCCUCCGGCCUUCGUGCCCGGGAGUUGUGCAUCCGGGCUGCCAUAGAGCAGGCGCAUCGGGAGUCAGAAGAAGCGGGUCAGUCAUCUGAUGGGUCUGCAUGCCAGACAGCUCUGGGCACAAGACUGAGUGUUGAGGCUUUGGCCAAACAUACCUCAGAGGGCAGCCAGCAUAGCUCCGAGACCAAAACCGGGCAACCGUCCCUCAUCUCCAGGGGCUACCGGGGCAGCACUGCGACAGGCCGGGGGAAGUCAGAAGGCCAUGUGUUGCAGGCCCAGAAGCAGCAGCAGCACCAAUUGGAUCAAACUGCACCACAGGUUCCUAACAGCCCGAUUCUCAGUGCUCCUGCCCAGCGACGGCUCAGCAUCAGCGCCAGCAUGGCAGGAGAAUCAGGCCUGAUGAGCUGCGUGCUUCCUGAGGAGCUGCUGGUGGAGAUCCUUUCAGAGAGGAUGCAGCUGAGCGACUGCUAUCAGGGAGUGGUGUUUGAUGGACUAGAGACCCUCUUUGCCUGCAGUAUGCCUUCUGCUCUUCUGUGCCUGCUCAAAGCAAUCAACAACCGGCGUUACAUCUAUGCGGUGAACCUGUGCCAGAAUUAUGCUGCCAUGAAGGCGAGGGAGAAGGCCAAGAAAGAGCAGGAAGAGCAGGAAAAGAAAGAUGCCCUUGCGAGGGAGAAGGCUCGUCUCCAGGAGAUGGAUGAGGAAGAGUACGACGCUCGCACCGAGGAGCAGAAGGUUCAGUUUGAUAACGAGCUGUUGCAAGCGCUACGGGAGCGGAAAAAGAGGGAGAUGGAGAAGUUGGCUCGAGAGCUUGAGGAAAAGAGGUACCAGCAGGAACUGGAGCGCUUGCGAGAGGAAGAAGAGAUGAGGAAAAAGACCAAGCGGUUGAGGAGGGAUCCUGGAAAAGACAAAGAUGAGGCACUGGGAAAGAAAAGCCAGCUGGGAAGCAAACAGGCUGCCAAUAGCUUCACGCCCAAUCGGUCGGACCUCAGGUUGAACGAAGGGGUAGAGAGGAAGGUGUCUGUGAGGGAGCGUCCAGAUUCCAUGGCAUGUGACAAGGAGGACAAGAAGAAGCGGAGCAAACAAGCUCUGCCGGACCCCCUGCCACUCGGGCCGAUGCCCCCUCCGAUCACAGAGCAGGAGGACACCGAAAAAGAGGUGGCAAGUGACCACGAGAAGAGCUUGAGACAGAGGUUUAAAGUCUAUGAGGCUGCCCAGAAGGAAAUUGUCCAGAUUUUGUCGCUCUGGGACCGGGUGCAGGGUGUCCAGCUAUCAGCCCCAGGCCUUGAGGAGCCUCAGCAUGAAGCAGAAGAUCAGCGUCAGGCUCCGUCUGGCCGCAAGGGCCGGAAGGACAGGGAAAGGGAGCGUCAGGAGAGGCUGGAGAAGGAGAGAGCUGAGAGGGAACGUCUGGAAAAGGAGAGAGCUGAGAAGGAGCGCCUGGAAAAGCUAAAGGCACUGGAGGAGUCCAAGGUGUCUGGACUGGAGGGAGAAGCGGUGGAAGGAGCAGACAAAGACCAGGACGUGGGGAUACCAUGCUUGGACUUCCAGGUCCUGAACUCAGAGGAGCCAAGUGAGAAGAGGAUCCUGGAGAGUGGCAAGCUGCCAAAAAUAGAACAGAUCUUGGAUGGCUUGGGGCUUGGUCCAUCAGGGCCACCCAACCCUCCGACUGCGUUUUUCUCCGUGAUUCCCUACCCAGAGAAACGGAUGCCUCAUGUGGCUGGAGAAGCCCUCAAGCACUUCACCUUUGUCGUGCCUGAGGAUACGAAUAUGGAUGAGGAAAAGAAGGGUGCUGAGGGCAGUGCAGAAGCUGCUGUUGCUGUCCUUGUGGCCAAGGAAGAACAGCUCACCCCAACCAAGGGCAGACUAAAAAAGGACAAAGCAGAGCCCACCCGCGAGGCUCCAAAGGAUAAGCGUAGCACAGGCCGCAAGAAGGGUCUACAGGGCCCAGUAGCUCUAGCACCACUAUCAGAACUGGAUCAAAGCAGCUUGAUUGGGGAGCAAUCCCAAGAAAAGAUCCUCAGGCUCAGCAGCUUCCGCUGGAUAGUGCCUGCUAACGGAGAGGUUGUCUUGAAGAUACACUUCUCCUCCAUUGUGGCAGGGCAGUUUGAUCAGACCCUGAACUUCGAGAUCUUGGGCACACGCCGACAGUACCAGCUUUACUGCAGAGGCACUUGCACUUACCCUGCCAUCAGCCAGGACCCCAGGGUGGUGUUCCCCCACCGCAGGAAGAGUGCGAGGCCUGACGACAUCAUCGCCAAGCAGUACGUGAUGAGCUCAGGGGUGUUCCACUUCGGCCCGCUGCUCUGUGGGAAGUCGAGAGACAGGUACAAGGCCCUCCGAUACCCCAACAACUCCGAGAAGAUAACGAUCCUCAAUAGCUCCCCUUUGGAAGCAGAGGUGUUUUUCUGCUUCCAGCAUGACAUCAAGGCAAAUACAUACCUCUUGGAACCUCCCACCAUGCUGCUGAAACCCAAUGAGAAGCAGGAGCUGAGCAUCUGGGCCUAUCCCACCGCACCUGGCAUAUUUGACGACAGCAUUGUCUGCUGCAUUAAAGAGAACCCAGAGCCAGUGGUCUUCAGAAUCUGCUGCCAAGGGGUGCGUCCCGAACUGGAGCUUGACCGCAAGCAGCUGCAUUUCGAGAAGCUGCUGCUGCACAGAAAGGACACCAAGAUGCUUUCCCUGAGAAACGCCUCCCCGAUGCCGGUAGCCUGGCGGCUCAGUGGCCUGGAGAACCUGGGAGAUGAUUUCUCUGUCUUGCAAGACCAGGGCAUCAUUGGUCCCCGCUCAGAGUACUGCCUGCAGCUGCAUUUCAAGGCUACGAAACCUCUCAACAUAAAGAAGAUCAUCCGAUUGGAGGUAUCAGACAUGGAAAACAUCCUGGGGAUUGUUCAGUAUGAAAACAUCCAAGUCAUGGCCGAGUCCUACGACGUUGCUUUGGACAUCAGCUUCCCCAAAGGUACAGAUGGUGGUUUGGAUUUUGGGAUCAUCAGAGUACUGGAUGAAGCUAGGCAAAUACUGUCUCUGAAGAACAAAGGAAAAUAUGAGAUUUUAUACAGCUUGACUCUCGAAUCUCAUGAAGACAACAUGCCAAAUUUGAACUCUGUCUUCAGCAUCCAGCCCCAGAAGGGGACUUUGGCUGCUGUCGACCGCCCCACCCAGAUCCAAAUCGUCUUCCGCUCCAAGAAGGAAAUAAAGAUUGAAGACAAGCCUAUCCUGCACUGCCAGGUCAUUGAACCCAGUGUCUGUGAAGGAGGCGAGACCAUUGCCAGCAUUCCAGUGAAAGUGUCAGUGAGUUCCUUGUUCACCAAGUACAGCAUUUCUCCUGCCUCACUCAUCAACUUCGGCUCCAUGGUGAAUGGCACCCGUAAGACCUGCAGCUUCACGCUGGAGAACAGAGGCGCCCUGGAUUUCAAAUACUUCAUUGGCAAGCUAAUCCGAGAUGUGCCUGUCCCAGCAAAGAAGGGACCAUCCCACAUCAAGCACUCCCGCUCCCGUGACAGCGAGACCCUAAGCAAAAUCCCUCCUGUUAGCAAACAAAGCAAGCGCGCUGAAUCUCUGCAGAAGGACAUCAACCUUGUUGUGCAGGCUCGCUUCACUCUAGGCAUGUUCACGGUGUACCCUGGAUUUGGAUCCAUCCCUGCAGGAGGCCAGCAGAUCAUCACCGUUGAUUGUUUAGCAGAGCCAGUGGGAAAGGAUGAGGAAUACCUGGCCAUUGACAUCACUGACAGGGACCCUGACGAUAAUCCGGGAGGCAUCCCGUACACCCUGAUCGCUGAGUCCUGCCUGCCAGCCUUUGUGGUUGAUGACAUUGGGUCUAUUUUCGAGGAGCAUCGGAUCUGCAGCAACAUCAACCUUUACCAGAUCUUGCAGACGGUGGAAGGCAGCGGGGUGUUUGUGUCAGAUGAGAACAAGUUCAUCUUCAGCAAUGUGGUGGUGGGGAACCGGGCGACAGCUCGGUUCAAGAUCGCCAAUGUGGGCCGAAUUCCCUGCGAUGUGGUUCUCGCAGUCAAGCCUGUCUCCAGCAAGGCUGCUGCCCGCAUUAGCGACAUCUUCGAGGUGGAUCCUGUUCGGAUGUGUGUCCCCAGCCGCUCCCAUGCCUUUGCUACUGUGACUUUCACCCCACAGACAAUGCAGAGCUACCAGUGCAUUUUUGAAGCUUUCCUUGAUGGACUGCCAAGCGUGGUGGCUAAAUUGCGAAAUUUAACAUUUGAUAUCAGUGGGGAUGGGAACUUACCCCGAGUGACCAUCUUGCGCCCCAUCCUCCGCAACAAAAGAGGAAACCCCCUGCUCCUUUUCAAGAGGCUUCUGCUAGAGCGUUCGGAGAAGCUCCCUUUUGUCUUUAAGAACAGUGGUGUGAUACCUGUCCAGGUAAUAACUUCUCGACCAUCCCACAUCAAGCACUCCCGCUCCCGUGACAGCGAGACCCUAAGCAAAAUCCCUCCUGUUAGCAAACAAAGCAAGCGCGCUGAAUCUCUGCAGAAGGACAUCAACCUUGUUGUGCAGGCUCGCUUCACUCUAGGCAUGUUCACGGUGUACCCUGGAUUUGGAUCCAUCCCUGCAGGAGGCCAGCAGAUCAUCACCGUUGAUUGUUUAGCAGAGCCAGUGGGAAAGGAUGAGGAAUACCUGGCCAUUGACAUCACUGACAGGGACCCUGACGAUAAUCCGGGAGGCAUCCCGUACACCCUGAUCGCUGAGUCCUGCCUGCCAGCCUUUGUGGUUGAUGACAUUGGGUCUAUUUUCGAGGAGCAUCGGAUCUGCAGCAACAUCAACCUUUACCAGAUCUUGCAGACGGUGGAAGGCAGCGGGGUGUUUGUGUCAGAUGAGAACAAGUUCAUCUUCAGCAAUGUGGUGGUGGGGAACCGGGCGACAGCUCGGUUCAAGAUCGCCAAUGUGGGCCGAAUUCCCUGCGAUGUGGUUCUCGCAGUCAAGCCUGUCUCCAGCAAGGCUGCUGCCCGCAUUAGCGACAUCUUCGAGGUGGAUCCUGUUCGGAUGUGUGUCCCCAGCCGCUCCCAUGCCUUUGCUACUGUGACUUUCACCCCACAGACAAUGCAGAGCUACCAGUGCAUUUUUGAAGCUUUCCUUGAUGGACUGCCAAGCGUGGUGGCUAAAUUGCGAAAUUUAACAUUUGAUAUCAGUGGGGAUGGGAACUUACCCCGAGUGACCAUCUUGCGCCCCAUCCUCCGCAACAAAAGAGGAAACCCCCUGCUCCUUUUCAAGAGGCUUCUGCUAGAGCGUUCGGAGAAGCUCCCUUUUGUCUUUAAGAACAGUGGUGUGAUACCUGUCCAGGUGAUGGUUGACCUGUUGGAUGACUAUGGGGCUUUCUCGCUGAAAUCCAGGCCUGGCACUCACUGCAUGUAUGUGGCUCAGGGUGAGGGAGAUGAAUCGGGCAGAGAAGGAAGGAAACCCCACACCGCUUCCCUAAUCCUGCGGAGCGAUGAGUCUGCGGAGUUUGAUGUGCUUUUCAAACCCAGCCUAGCCCAGCGGGUGGAAGGGAAAAUCCACCUGUCAGUGGUGGACAACCAGUAUGAGGAAACCAGCAUUCAAGUGGUGGGAGAGGGCUACCAAGACGAUAUCACGCUGGAUAACAUCCAUGGCCUGGUAGCAGAGAGCAGUGAGGAGAAUUCAGAGGGGCAUCUGGAGGAGGACACAGUGGAAGCUGCCAGAGAGGAUCACAUCCAGUUUGGGGACUGUCACGUUGGGGAGCCCUACCAAGUGACCUUCACGAUGACCAAUCGCAGCAAAGCAGAUGUGAUGAGGUUUGACUGGCCUGCUGCGUCUCCACUUGUCUUCUCCCCCCAGGUUGGCCACCUCCAUGCUGGAUGUGCUAAGGACAUCACGGUGACCUUGAAAUCGAAUGUUCCUGUCACCUUCAGAAUGCACGUGGUUAAGUGUAGGGUGUCCAGAAUCACCUUCCAGCUUCCUGCAGACCAGGUCCCUGACUGGGACGACAGCCUGCACACCGUCAAGUGGGUAGACACUGCAAAGUGCCUGACGACCACGCGCCCAGCAAAGAAGAAAGUGAUAGAGACGGACCCCGAGCCUGCCCACACCUUUCUGGAGGACAGCAGCCGAGAGCUAGAACUUCGAAUCAGCGCUGUUGUGGAUUACACCCAGUUCAAGCUGGAAACUAACUUGGUGCAGUUCAAGGAGACCUUGCUCUUCCAGACCAGGGUGUUCAACUCCUCCUUUGCUGGAGAAAUCGUCCGUCACCCCACUCUGCCUCACACAGCCUGAACUAGACAGAGCGAGGUGCAGUGCAAAGAGAUGCUCC